AUAGGUUCUUUGAUCAUUUGGUGAGCGUUGGAGACUGGUCAUGGAUGCCCAGCUGAAGAAGGAAUUGGGAACGUCCACGCUGAGGUCAACUGGCUAUUCUGCAGCUGGUUUUAUCAGUGAGGGACAGAGCUAUGAUACUGACAACGGGAGAGUGUUUGUCAAGAUCAACCACAAGAGUCAGGCAAAGCUAAUGUUUGAUGGUGAGCAGGCCAGCUUGGAGGCCAUCUUGAUGACAGGCACAGUGAAGGUCCCCAAGCCUUUGAAGGUGAUAGAGCUGGAUACAGGAGGGUCUGCAUUUGUCAUGGAACACAUUGACAUGACGGGUCUCAGCAAGCACUCCAAGCAGCUAGGAAAGUGUCUUGCUGAUCUGCACCUGCACAACCAGAGACAGAGGGACAGGCAGAACAAGGAUCAGCAGACAGUUGGAAAGGGAGCCGAUGUUCCUGUUAUUGAACAGUUUGGCUUCCAUGUUCCCACAUGCUGUGGGUACCUCCCUCAGGAAAAUGAGUGGCAGAGUGAAUGGGUGACGUUCUACUCCCGAAACAAACUACAGCACCAACUCAACAUGGUGGAGAAGUCUUAUGGAGAUAGGGAGGCUAGGGAGCUAUGGGCUCAGCUGCAGCUGAAAAUCCCUUCUCUAUUCACCGACGUGGAGGUGUUUCCGGCCCUGCUUCACGGUGACCUCUGGGGGGGGAACGUGGCCGAGUGUUCCGACGGCCCGCUCAUCUUUGACCCCGCCUCCUUCUACGGCCAUGCAGAGUUUGACUUGGGCAUUGCAGGAAUAUUUGGAAGGUUCAGUGACUCCUUCUACUCUGGGUACCAUGAGAAGAUCCCCAAGGCCCCGGGCUUUGAGAAGAGACAAAAGUUGUACCAGCUGUUCCACUAUCUCAACCACUGGAAUCAUUUUGGUGGAGAAUACAGAGGGACCUUAUUGAGGAUCAUGAAGGAUCUGCGUACUUGGGCGCUGCAGCAACCCGAGAACUCCACAACAGAACAAACGGAGAGCAACAGAGUCGCCAAGGAGACGAGUCGUUGCUGCAGAAAGCUCUGGAGGAGAGCAAGCGAGAGGCGGCGGCUGGUGGAAUUGGGUCGGCCAUGAUGGACCUGGUGGACGUUUUUGCCGUGACCUCAGAAGUUCCCCCGGAUACCAGCGUCAACCCCAGGGACCUGACAGGAACGGAGCGUCACACCCCCCUCCACCACCCCCUCCCCAUGGCCGGGGCAGGUUGUCUGGCCGGGGCUGGAGCCGCCUCCGACCCCUGGGAUUCUCUGGGUAAGCUGUUCGAUAGAGGGAAGUGCAUCCUGUCGAUACCAGACAGAAACACAUUUGUCAUAAUUCACUUCCCUCUGAUCCUAAACCUUGGAUAUUUGCAGAUUAGAAGCAGCAUGGAUAGGCAACAUGACUAAGUUGCAAAUACCCUGUAAUCGUAACAGCUUCCUAUACAUACGUUAUUGAGUGGACGCAUUUACGCCAUACUUCUAGUACUUUACAAUGUAUUUUAGUUACAGGGUGACGACGGGAUGAAUGAGUCCAUUGGAAGGUUGGUAUGAUUAAGUAGCACUGGUGAUAUGGGGUCCAGGUUGGAAAAGAAACCUGGACAACACGGAUAACAACCCUUCACUCAAGUGCCAUGGGAUCUUUAGAGAGUCAGGACUGUUUCACAUCCCAACCGAAACACAGAACAUUAGAGGGCAAUGUCCCCUUCACUGCUCAGGGGCAUUGGGAUUUGAUCCACUCUAUACUGUUUAGUAUACCUCUCCUAGUGGGCCCUGGUCAAAGUGCACUCGGUAGGGAUUAGUAUGCCAUUUGGGACUUAUCAUUAUCCUUUGUCUCAUACAGUUAGUCUUCUGUCUGUCAGUCCAUCACAUACUAUAAGCUGAAAGACCAAAUCAAAUGAUAACUUCAUGCAUUUCUGACCAGGUGAAUGAUUCUCUCACCAAUCACACGUUUAUAUAAAAGAAAACCUAUAAUAUAUCACAAAGACGCUCACAUCUUACAAAAGACAAUCUUUUUAUGUAUCAACAUUUGGUCAGGCUCACCAACUUAACUGUCCGCUUUAAUCUAUCCAUCUGUCACCCACUGAAAAAGCUCCAUUGUCUCUAUUUGCAAGAAAACUUUUUUGUGAACCCUUCUGAAUUGCCUGCAUACCUGGCUUCUAAAAUACAGUUUGAUAGUCAUAGAACUGGAUAAAACACAGUGUGAUUUAACAAAGAACACAAACGUGUACUUUUACAUGUCUUCAUGGAACACAGGUGAAACAUAUGAACCAUGAACACUUUGGUCAAACAUAUGAGAUCAAUGAUCUAUCUGGUUGAAGACUGAUGGAGUUCCAAGUCUUAAAUGCUUUUGUAGCCUCAUGAACUCUUCUCUUGAGAUCUGAAAUAAAUGUUGUAUCUUUACGUAUCUAUUUUCAGGUAACUCAUGGGUUCAGUUUUCUCACAACAGUAGAUCUAUGUCGCUAUAAUGUCAUGCUUAUAAUAUAUCAAGUUAUACUUUGAGCACAAUGUUUGUGUAAAUCGGCUAACAUGAACUAUAAAUCGCUUUGGAUUAGAGCAUCUGGAUAAUGAUUCAAAUGACUCUCCCUGACAUUACCAGUACUUCUCGAUCCCUUGCCCUGCCCACUCUGCUGCAUACUCCUUUGAUUGGCUUCUCACUGUUGCUGCCGAUCGAGCACUGAACUGAUAUUACACCAGAUACGCCUGCUUAUCUUUCUACGUCGGACCUCUCUGCACUGGGCGGGUCGGCCAUUGCACUGCUCUACACUGAUUGGAGGAUGUUACAUUACAUAGCAUUCAGAUGGAAAUGUAUCAUAAAAAACAAACAUGAUUGUCUUUCAGAUGAAUGGUGUAGGCUGUAUUCAUUCUAUUUCUAUUUACGAAUGUUUCACAUUACCGUCUUUUACCCUGAUCUCAGAGAACGGAAGGAGAACAUGCUCUGUCAAUGAUGGAACGCCAGCCAGCCAAACCCAUUCACUUAUAAAACACUCGCAGAAACAGAUUGUGUUGGACUAGGUAUAGUAAGGCUUGUUCUGUGGGUAUCGUAAUUGUGGAAGGAACAGGACUGAUGACAGUGCGAUAAUGAUUUUUUUUGUGAGUUGAAUUGGACUGGAGUGGGUUUCCUUUGGUGGACAACAAUGAAAUCUGCUUUGCAAGAGACCAGGGCUAAUGUAGGAUUUCCUGUAGGUGCAAAUUCUAACAUGCAUUGAGGUCAAUGGGAGAAAGAACAUUCAAUUGUGCUGGACAUUAGUGAGAAUUCACCCCUUAUGGGCGUAAUUUGUUUCUUCUCUGUCUCUUUCUCAAUGCUCAAUCACUACUUGUGAAACACUGAUUCAUCAAAAUAUAAGGGUACAAUUAACAAAAAAACAACAUACUUUGCAUUGGUGCCUUUUUAUUAUAUUUUUGAUUGGCUUUGAUCUCAUUGAACCUUUCACAUCUAUGAAUAUAUGAUAUACUGCAUUGUCAUGCCUAGGCCUAGAUUUUAAUAUCAAACACUGUCAUAUUUAUAAUGAAUGCUUGGAAGCACAAUUUCUGCAGUUGGCUUAUUUUUACUGCAUGCCACUCUGCCCCCUGGAGGCCAAAUACAUGUAAGGCAGUCACUCAGUCAUCUGGCAAUCCCCAAUAUUAACUAAUGUAGCAUAUUUGGGGUAAAUUGAGGACAUAGCGUCACACAUGAUUAUGCAUUCCCUGUCUGGAUAUUUUUAUCCAAAUAAUAUAACUGAGUUUUCCCUCAGACUUUAUAUCCCUGCGUGUGCUUUUUAACAUUUUGGUAGAUAAGGUGUCUUUAGAGACAGACAAGCCCAGUUGUGAUAUACAUAGUCACACACUUUUGACCAAUCAGAUCAUGUCCUGGACUACUCAACUGAAUGAAAUGUUGCUGUAGCAAAAAAAAA